GAAAAAGAAAAAAAAAAAAAGAGGAUUCAAUCGCCGCGCGAUGCAUACGUCACAAUUUCCUUGCCGCUUGUGGACUGGCUGGGCUUUUUUUCCCGUUUUCCAUGGCGCGGUGAAAGUGUGGUUCUUUUUUUUUUUUUGGUCUUGUCUACUUUGCAAAAGACGAGUCUUUGUUUUUUCUCUCUUUUUCUUCUUUACGUGUCUCGUUUUUUUCCUGCUUCAGAGCAAACACACCAAAAUCCCCACAAACUACAAGAAACGAUACCAUCGCCUUUGUUUCUCUCUGUUCAAAUAAUAGACGACAAUUAGAAAGCUAGUUCCAAAAAAACAAAAACAAAUAAUCCUUCAUUGCCACUAUGGAAAUCGACACUGCUACUGCUCCUCCUACCGAAUUCAUGGAUGAAGAUCCUGUCAACACCACUGAACAGGACACGGACGAAAAUUACUCUGUGGCCGUCUUGAUUGACCAACUGAAGCACGAAGAUGUCCAGCUAAAGUUGAACGCUAUCAAGAACUUGCCGGUUAUCGCCCAAGCCCUCGGUCCUGAAAGAACACGAGAUGAACUCAUUCCAUUCUUGCAAGAAUCCAUCGAUGACGAAGAUGAAGUGCUUCUUGCUUUGGCUGAAGAGUUUGGAAAAUUGACGGAUUACAUUGGUGGUGCAAAUUAUGCUUAUUAUUUAUUGCCUCCUCUUGAAAACAUUGCUGCCGUGGAAGAACCAAGUGUCAGAGAAAAAGCGGUUGCUUCCUUGUGCACUCUUGUUGGACAUUUACCUGAAAAACAACUCGAGGAACACUUUGUGCCUCUUUUGAAACGUUUGAGUAUCGGUGAAUGGUUCACCAGUCGAACCUCGGCCACCGGUCUCUAUGCUGCCAUUUAUAAAAGAAGUUCCAACGACUUGCAAUCCGAGUUAAAACGCUUGUUUACUCAGUUGGUGGAAGAUGAGAGCCCGAUGGUGCGACGAGCCGCGGCCAAGGCUUUAAGUGAUUUUGCACAACAAGUCUCCACGGAAGACGUGGUGUCCACCAUUAUCAAAAUAUUCCACACUUUAGCUGAAGAUAACCAGGAUUCCGUCCGUCUUCUCACCGUAGAAGAUAUUCCCGCCUUGGCCCGAUUGCUCAACGAAGAACAACGAAAGCAGCACUUGUUGGCCGCCUUCAAAACUCUCGCCGAUGACAAAUCGUGGCGUGUACGAUACAUGGUCGCUUCAAAAUAUGUUGAUAUUUCGCAAGCAUUUGGUGAAGCGAUUGCGCGUGAACAAUUUGUGGGUCCGUUUUUGAGUCUGUUGAAGGAUCCCGAGGGCGAAGUCCGAACGGCCGCUGCCGGUCAGAUUCCUGGAUUUGCUAAGCUGGUGGAAAAGUCGGUGAUCCUUGAAAGUCUUUUACCUUGUGUGAAGGAUCUAGUAAUGGAUGAAAACCAGCAUGCUCGUGCCGCCCUUGCCAAGAACAUCAGUGAUUUAGCACCGGUCAUUGGCGAGGAAGCUACAAUGGAGUAUUUGUUACCCACUUUCCUUCAACAAUUGACGGAUGAAUUUCCUGAUGUUCGCUUAAACGUCAUCUCCAAUUUGGAAGUGAUUAAUCAAGCUAUCGGUAUUGAGCGACUUUCGCAAGCGCUAUUGCCGGCUAUUGUGGAACUUUCGGAGGACCGACAGUGGCGUAUUCGCUUGGCCGUGAUUGAGUAUAUCCCGCUUUUGGCCAAGCAGUUUGGAGCUAAAUUCUUUGAAGAAAGACUUUUAUUAUUGUGCAUGUCUUGGUUGCGUGAUUUGGUAUACUCUAUUCGUGAAGCCGCAACGGUGAAUCUGAAAAGUCUGACCGAAGUGUUUGGUGCCAAAUGGGCCGAAACCACCCUCAUUCCGGAAGUGCUCAAGUUGACCAACGAUGAAAACUAUCUGCAUAGAAUGACCACCCUUUUCGCAUUGACCACAAUGGCAGAAGCACUGUCACCCGAGAUUAUCAGAGAUUUGAUUUUGCCUACGGUCAUGGAAAAGAUUGAUGAUCCCAUCCCCAAUAUCCGUUUCAAUGUCGCCAAAUCGCUAGAAACAUUAACACCUCUGUUGAAGAAGGACUCAAAUACGGCACCAUUGAUCGACUCCAAGGUGAAACCCGCACUUGAAACGCUCAGCACGGACACAGAUGGCGAUGUCAAAUUCUUCGCAACCCGAGCUCUUGAGAGCCGUAAGUAAAACAAACAAAGAAAGGAUAGCUGUGAUGCUGGAGGUGAACUAAAUCGUUCAAUGCUUCUUAUAGUUUAAAUAAGCAUAGCUACAGGUGGCUCAAUUAGCGUAGAAUUCAAAAUGAAAUGAUCAAAGGAAAGGCAGAGAUUUGGAAUUCCCAAAACGCAAGAUAGUUGACAUCACGGCAUUUCUGAUCUUUUUUUUUUCCCCUUUCCAGAAUUUGUAAUGUAAUAUAGUUUACUUUUGAACGAAACAUGGGUGACAGUUUGAUGAUACAUAAUGGUAAACGAUGAUGGUGACUGCAAAAAAAAAAAAAGUAACUAUGCGACAUCCGAGCGACAAGUGCACCGAUUCAACCAAAAAACAAAUUUCAUGCAUGAACCACUGCAUCCAAAAAGGUGAUAUGGACCAAUGUUAUGCUCGAAAUAAGCUACCUUGCGUUUGCCACAAAUUUGUGAAGGAGAAGGGGUUUAGCAACAGAUAAAAUUUACAUGAUCCAC